CAUAGUUAUUUGCCAAUCAGAGUGAGGAAGUUUAACAGCUGCUUUUCCGGAUGUUGUUUUGGUUUCUCACAACUAUGUAAAAUAAAACAGUUCUGAAAGUUGCUUCUAAAAAAUCGUGAAAUAUGCCAUCUUACAUCUGUCAUAUACUUCCUAUCCUUUGUGUACUAGUCUUUCCUGCACUAUUUACACAAGAACAGCCCAAGCUAUUAUUGGUCUCUUUUGAUGGCUUUCGCUGGGAUUACAUUUAUAAGGCCAAGACCCCAAACUUCAGCUACAUCAUACAGAAUGGUGUUCAUGUGAAGCAGGUCACAAAUAUAUUCAUUACAAAGACUUUUCCAAACCAUUAUACUCUGUCGACUGGACUGUAUGCUGAGAAUCAUGGCAUAGUUGCCAAUGAAAUGUAUGAUUCUGUUCUCAACAAAACUUUCUCCAUGAACAAUUUGGAAAUUUAUGACUCAUUUUGGUGGGAAGAAGCUUACCCAAUUUGGGUUAGUAAUCAGAUGCAAGGAUAUAAAAGUGGAGCAGCUAUGUGGCCUGGUACAGAUGUGAAAAUACAUGGAAUGUUCCCAUCACAUUAUAUGACUUACAAUGGAUCUGUUUCUUUUGAGUAUAGGAUCAACCAGCUAAUCAAAUGGUUUAAGUCAGAACAAGCAAUCAAUAUAGGCCUUUUGUAUUGGGAAGAGCCAGACGAAACUGGUCACAUGGUUGGUCCUGAUGAUCCAAAAAUGAAAAAAGUCAUAGCAGAUAUUGACAGUAAACUAGGCUAUCUGAUUGUCCAGCUGAAGACUGAAGGGCUGUGGGACAAACUGAAUGUAAUUAUCACAAGUGACCAUGGCAUGGCAGAAGUGUUGCAGGACAGAAUUAUUGAACUGGAUCAGUACAUAGACCGUGAGAUGUACACUUUAGUUGACCACACUCCAGUGGUAGCCAUUUUACCAAAAGAAGGUAAAAUGGAGGAAGUAUACAAGGCCUUAGUACAUGCUCAUCCUAAUAUGACCGUUUACAAGAAAGAAGAGAUUCCUGAUCAUUUCCACUACAAACACAACAGCAGAAUUCAGCCAAUCUUUGCUGUGGUUGAUAAUGGAUGGGCUCUUCUGCAGAACAAGUCAGAUGGAUUCCUGUUGGGCAAUCAUGGUUAUGACAAUACCCUGCAAGAUAUGCACCCAAUUUUUGUGGCCUAUGGACCAGCUUUCAAGAAGAAUUAUUUCAAAGAAACUAUGGAAUCGGUUGACCUCUAUCCACUGAUGUGCCACAUCCUUGGUAUAAGUCCUUUGCCAAACAAUGGAUCUAUCAACAGAGUGCUAGACCUUCUGGACAGUACUGAUCCUAGCAGUCAAACCAAAGCUACAGAUUCAUACUCCUGGGUAUUAGGGGCUGUUUUUGGCAUUGUGAUUGUUGCUGUGUUCCUUGUUAUUUUCAUUAAGCAGGUCACUUUAAGUCAACUGCAUACAGUACAGGUGCCACAGAGUGAGAUGACACAACCAUUGUUAGAGGGCUAAGUGCAUGUUGUGGCCAAGCUGAUGAUCACUUUAUGAAGCUCCUGGAUUGGCUGUCUCUCAGCUAAUACAUUACAGAAGACUCCGAAAUUGUGUACUGUCUCUAAACUAGCUUUCAAUCAUAGGACCCUCUGUAGCAAUACUAAACAACUACAGUGGUUUGAAGGGUGGAUUUGACACCACACAAAGAAAUGUUUCUUUAAGAAAGUGGAUCCUUUUUCAGAGCUUUGAGCUGCAAUUUUUUUGAUCCUGGCAGGGAGAGAGAAAACAUUCUGAACAAAUGAAAAGCAGUUUGGUCAUUUUGCAGAGGGCCAACACUAUACUAACUUGUGUCCUGUAUGUACCAUCAUCAUCUAGCUACUCACUGGUCCUCAUAUUGUGCUACGGCUCCAUCCAGUUUAGGAAAGGAUACUUCUAUUAGUAGCUUCCCCCUGGGAGACCCAUCUUUCUGCUUUUGCCAUUGGAGAAACAGAGAUAAAUUCCUGCAAGAGUCUGGAAAUCUAUGGUGUCAUUUGGUUAAUUUCCGUUCAAAUGAGAAACCUUUUCUUUUGUUACAGACUUCGAUGUGGAGUGAUGUCAGUAUGAUAUCUGCUGACAUUGGUUCCAUUUCUAAACUGACAAAAGUACACCAUUUUUCUCCCUUUGACAAAUGUCCCCCAUUCAAUAGCUUUAGUCACCAUUCUUUGAAAAGAGGAGGGCUCUCCUUUGAACGCAUUUCAUACCUGGUCAGUAUCAGUGAAAACAGUACUGGUCACACAUGUGGCUGUUAGAUUGUUCCUUGUAUCCUGAAGACUUUUUUGCUUAAAUUUGUGUAUUCUUUUCCUAAAGUUUUGCUGAGUGUACCCUUGUAGGUCUAUUGGCCUGCCUGUUUGCAGUGAUGCAAAGUGAUUGCUUCUAAGAAACCUAAUUUGAUGGUAAUUCACGUGUAAGUAAAAUGAUUAAUUGAUGUGUAAAAUACUAUUCCAUGUCGCAUCAAAACAUAUGAUUUUAACUUAUGAAAAUCCUGCUGGAAUUUUAAUGAUUCCUGCCACAGUUUUAAUGUGAAAGCAGUGCAUUCAUUACAUUAUUGCUUUAUACUGGUCAGGAAACUUUCCAUAGUGAGUGUCUAGGCCAGUUUAUGUAGUUUGAAGUAGCUGCAAGUUACGUAAAUUAUUUUUAGAAAAUGUGAGGACAUCACAUAAUGUGUCUCAGUACUGAGUGAUAGUAAUGUUUCCUAAAUGGAGGUCUAGCACAUGAACUCCAGUGGCACUGUUCACAAGCUCAUAACCUUUACAGUGAUAGGAGAUGUAUGUAUUUCAUUAAAUAGUGAAAUGUGCCUGUAACUGUCUUUCAUGUCUAUAUCUAUAAAACAGUGUGUAUUUGUGCUUGUAAGCUAAGCAUUCUGAAACAUAGUUGGAAUAGAUCUUCUUUAAGGAUGAGUAUAAACUAGUCUGGUAGUUAAAAAAAAAAAAAACAAAAAAAAAAAAAAACACAGUGAUAUUUUUAUUUAUUUAGUUCUGUUAACUGGAUUAAUCCCAUUUAGACAAAGUACCUUUACAAGGGAGGCACACUUCACAGUGCAAACUUGAGGAGUUUUGAAGUUGUGGUACAUUGUCAUAAAAAGGGUACCUCUCUUGGUGUCGGCUUGUAGGGGGCACUGAAGCUUAAAAAAAGGUUGAUAACUUGUAGCCUUCAUUAAAUGAUUGUGUUUUUUACACAGUUAGUAAACUCUC